CACACUCUCCGCGCGCGAGCACGCGAGCGACCGCACCACGUGCUCCUCGCGCGCACGGCAUGGCGAACUGGACGCAGGAGGACGGAGCCCCGACGCCCGUCUCGAACCCCGCGGACGUGUCGACGGCAGCGGCGCCGGUCCCGUGCCUCGUCCCGUCGUUCGCGGACGCGGUGAAGCUGCUGAGCGCGCGGUACUCGUGUCUCGUGCGGGAGUCUCACCGCAGACACGUCGCGCUGCCGCCGCUCUACCUGCAGAAGAAGCGCUCCGGGAUUCAGGAGGAGCUCAACGCCGAGCUUCUCAAGUUCUCCAGCAGUCUGAAAGGUGUUCCUAUGGCAUACGACAACAUUAAAGUGGUAGGACAGCAUGGACACAUAUAUGACGACCAAGGCUUCAUUCACCUCAACAUCGAGGCGUCCUUCGUCGUCUUCAAACCAAGGAAAGGCUCGAAGCUCGUGGGUGUGAUUAAUAAGAUGGGAGUGGGUCACGUGGGCUGUCUGGUUCACGGCUGCUUCAACGCGUCGGUGGUGAAGCCCAGUCUGCUGAGCUCCGAGCAGUGGAGGGAGUCUGGGCUGAGCGUCGGACAGGACCUGGAGUUCGAGGUCUUCCAGCUGGACGCAGACACCGCCGGGGUCCUGCUGAUCCGAGGACGGCUGGAGAGGUCCAGAGUGCAAGAGCUUGUGGCCCGAACCGAACAGAAGGAAUCAACGGCUGAAUCAAUCCCAGAACUAGAGUCCACAGAAGACACGGUCGACAGCCCCAAGAAGAAGAAGAAGAAGAAGAAAGACAAGAGUGAGGAAGAGCGUGUGGACGACAGCGGAGACGCGGCAGAGAGGGACUCGAACGCCAACGGACAUCACAGAGAGAAGAAGAAGAAGAAGAAGAAAGACAAGGGUGAGGAAGAGCGUGUGGACGACAGCGACCCGGAGCAAACCGCCGGAGACACGGCAGAGAUGGACUCGAACGCCAACGGACAUCACAGAGAGAAGAAGAAGAAGAAGAAGAAAGACGAGAUCCUGCCCAGCGACUCCAGCGGAUACGUGAGCGACAAGACCAGCAGAAAGAGAGCGGCCGAGAGCGAUGGCGCAGGCCUGCAGAAGAAGAAGAAGAAGAAGAGGAGCACGUGACCUCCGUCACAGACUCUAAACCGGCGGACGCUUUGUGUGUGAUUCAUAUGUACAGAAAAUAAUAAAUGUGUGUUUCCUUCCCUCUUUGGA